UUUCAUUUCAGUCUCUCAUCAUCAGUAUCAUUGUUAUCAGUUGAUCAGUACUAGUGGAUUUUGAGAUGGCAGAUUGGGGUCCAAUUUUUGUAUCAGUGUUGCUAUUUGCGUUGCUAUCGCCGGGGUUGUUGUUUCAGAUACCGGGAGGAGCCCGUUGUGUAAACUUCUGCUGCUUCCAGACGAGUGGUGCGGCCAUACUCGUUCAUACUUUGCUCUAUUUUGCUCUCAUUUGCCUCUUCACCUUUGCCAUUAGAGUUCAUAUCUGGCUUGGCUAGCUACCUUAAUGUAUUUCUAGAGCUAAUUAAUACUUGAAAGUAAUUAUGCUUUUCUCUUCUUGUUUCUACUUGUAAUCAUCAGUAUGUUAAAUCCUAUGUCAUGUUUGAUCUCGCAUGUAGAAGACUAUAUACAAAUUCGAAUUAUAUA